CUUCAACCACCUUCUAGGCCUCCUCGGACUAUCAAACGUCACUGAGUUGACGCAUGUGGGAUGGCAGAUACAAGUAUAACGUAUAUUGUAUAUAAGAGCGGUAACUCGAGGAAAGCGGUACCAGCUCAUCAUGUCUUCCCAUCUCCUCUGGUGUCUGCUCGGGAUCCACCUUCUUGGUACUGCCUUUGGCUCUCCAGUCGCUUCAGCAACCAACGAUUCAGUCCCAGCUUCCCAUCAUAAAGUCCUCAUCUUUGGUGGAGGUGUUUCAGGCGUCAUUGCGGCUCGAGCCUUACAUGAUAAAGGCAUCAGCGACUUUCUUAUCCUCGAAGCUCGCGACGAACUAGGUGGACGUCUCAUAAGUCACUCAUUUGGUGGUAAGGUCAUUGAAAACGGGCCAAACUGGAUCCAAGGAACUCAAACGGGCUCGGGCCCGGAGAAUCCGAUCUUGAAACUUGCAUUGAAGCACGGGCUCAAGACUCAGUUCAAUGACUACUUCGGGAGUAUCACAACGUAUGACCCUGACGGCUCUACGGAUUACAUCGACAUUUUCAACAAUGCUGUUGACAAGUAUACAAGUCUUGUGAACUCGGCAGGUGCACGAGUUGGUAAAUCACUAGUUGACUUGACCUCGCGAUCGGGUUAUUUGAUCAACCGAGCAAACGCACACACUCCACAGGAACAAGCUGCGGAAUACUACCAGUUCGAUUGGGAAUACGCGCAGACACCAGAACAAACAUCUUGGAUCGCAUCGUCAUGGGGGAACAAUUUCACCUAUGUACCAGAAGCGGGAGGUUUCUCCGAGGACAAUCUUCUCUCAAUUGAUCAACGAGGCUUCAAAUAUUUCUUACAGGCCGAAGGAGAUGAAUUCCUCGAGGCUCAGCAAAUUCGUUACAAUUCACGCGUCAAAAAUAUCGCGCACAGCGAUUCACAAGUCAGAGUCACUUUGGACGAUGGACAAACGUUCUCGGCAGAUUAUGCUAUCUGCACUUUCAGCCUCGGCGUUCUUCAGAAUGACGAUGUGAGAUUUGAACCUGAACUGCCGGAUUACAAACUGGAAGCUAUUAGCAGCAUGACCAUGGCUACGUAUACAAAGAUAUUUCUGCAGUUUCCAAAGAAAUUCUGGUUUGACACCGAGAUGGGGUUGUAUGCCGACUCUGAGCGAGGGCGCUAUCCUGUCUGGCAGAGCUUAGAUCAUGAAAACUUCUUCCCGGGUUCAGGCAUCAUAUUCGUUACGGUGACGGGCGACUAUUCCCAACGCAUUGAAAGGUUGCCUGAUUCGCAGGUGAAAGAGGAGGUAUUGGGGGUAAUGAGGCAAAUGUUUCCCAACAUCACUAUUCCGGAACCACUCGAUUUCUUCUUUCCACGAUGGUUUUCUGACCCUCUCUUUCGAGGGUCCUAUUCCAAUUGGCCGCCAUCAUUCUUCAGUGAACAUCACGACAACCUUCGCGCCAAUCUGGGAAGGCUUUACUUUUCUGGAGAAGCCAUGAGCCAGAAAUACUUUGGAUUUCUUCACGGUGCCUACGACGAGGGCCAAAAUAUCGGUACGUUAGUUGCUCAAUGCGUACAAGGAGGGUGUGUCUCGUUGAAGUCUGUCCAACUCGUGAGGAAUGCGCAUCCGUACGAAAUCUAG